AUGACAAUAUCGAUACUUCCACCACCAAAAGAUGUAUUUAAAUGUCCGGCAGCAAAGCUGUUUAAACCAAAGAUUAUUCGCAUUGUGCGCUUGGCAGGUUUUGCAAUCAUUUAUUAUAUGGAACAGAAUUCCAACCACCUGGUUCGUUUAUUUUCUAUCCUCACUGUGGAUCUCAAGGUUGACAAUAUUGAAUCUUUUUUUCUUCUUAUUCUUUUUCCAAAUCGUCGAUAUUCUAAUAUUGUGAUCCAAGAUACUGCUUAUCUUAAGUCUGAUCGCCUUGGUCACAAACCGGGAUUCUCUGCUUCACCUAAAGUCAGUUUAGUUUACUCGAGACUUUGUUUCACCCGCCAUCGAUAA